GGCCAUUUCCUGCCAGGUUUGCGACACGGCCCGCGGAGAAGGCAGAAAUACAGGCAGAAGGGAGCUAGAGAGAGGCUGAGCGGUGCCGGCAGGAAGGACGAGGAGCGGGGCGAGACCCACGGCGCAGCUGGGGACCCUGCAUCCUGUUCCCAUAGCACCAUGUCCCUGGUGGAGACGAUCCGGCUGUGGCAAGAAGGGGUGUGUGCGGCGGACAGCAAGGAGUGGGGGGCAGCCCUAGACGCCUUCACGGCUGUCCAGAACCCCCCGGCCAAAAUCUGCUUUAACGUCGGCUGCAUCCACCUUGUUCUGGGGAAGCUGGCUGAGGCCGAGGAGGCAUUCACCCGGAGCAUCGGCUGCGACAAGCACCUGGCAGUGGCUUAUUUCCAGCGAGGAAACGUGUUUUACCGGAGGCAGAACCAUGAAAAGGCCAUUGAAGACUUCAAAGAGGCACUGGCCCAGCUGCGAGGCAACCAGCUCAUUGACUACAAGAUCCUGGGGCUGCGCUACAGGCUCUUCGCUUGCGAGAUCCUCUACAACAUCGCGCUGGUGUAUGCCACAACAGAGGAUUGGAAGAAAGCUGAGGAGCACCUGGCGCUGGCCAUGAGCAUGAAGAGCGAGCCCCAGCACAACAAGAUCGACAGGGCAAUGGAAGCCAUCCUGAAGCAGAAGCUCUGCGAGCUGGUGGCCGUUCCUGCGGGGAAGCUGUUCAGACCAAACGAAAAGCAAGUGGCUCAGCUGGAGAAGAAGGACUACCUGGGAAAAGCUACGGUGGUGGCAUCUGUGGUGGACAAGGACAAUUUUUCAGGAUUUGCUCCGCUCCAGCCACAGGCCUCUGGUCCUCCACCCAGGCCCAAGACCCCAGAAAUCCUCAGGGCUCUCGAGGGGCAGCCACACCGCGUCCUGUACGAGUUCAUCCCCGAGACCCCCGAGGAGCUGCCGGUCCUGCCGGGAAACAUUGUCUUUGUCCUGAAGAAAGAGAAGGACAACUGGGCUACGGUGAUGUUCAACGGAAAGAAAGGAAUCGUCCCCUGCAACUUCCUCGAGCCUGUGGAGCUCCAGAACAAGCUGCACAUCCAGGAAGAAAUCCCUCUCGGAGCUGAGAUCCCAGAGCCACCCAGCGCCACGGCUCCGGAAAAGCCACGGCGGCCAGCACCAGACUACAGAGCUCCUACUACCGUGAUGCAACCAAGAGAAGCAGCUGAGGAGGCCAAAGCGGCCGUCUCCAGACCCCACAUCCUCAAGGUGCACUACAAAUACACGGUCGCCCUGCAAGUCAAACCAGACCUGUCCUACACGGAGCUCCUGGACCUGGUCUGCAAGAAACUGGAGCUCCAGCCUGAGCACACGCAGCUGAGGUACAAACCUGCGGAGCCCCAAGCGCUGGUGACGCUGAGCGCAGAGAACCUGCAGGCAGCUUGGAGCCAGAGCACGGACAACUGUCUGACAGCCUGGUGCGACAUCACGGAGGGAGAGGGGAUUUUACUGGAGAGCAAACCAGAGGAGUCACCACAGGAGGCAACGCCGGAGGAGACGGGAGUGAACCAAGUUGUAGCGCAGUACAGUUACGAAGCCACCCAACCUGAAGACCUGGAGUUUCAGGCAGGAGAUGUGAUACUGGUUUUAUCCAAAGGUAAUCCCGCUCCUUCUGUGACGGGGGAGGGAUGCCAAGCACUCAGCUCAGUGAAAGUCGUGGGUUCCCAACAUCUGCCAGCCAGGCCAAAAGCUCUGGAGUAUUUGGUCCAACACUGGACACGUGUUCCUCAGAGGAGGCUACAAGCUUCACUAGGGACUUUGAUCUCGUUCCCUGAAUUCUCCUGUCCUCCAAAGCAAAUUGCUUUGUGCGGGGCACUUGCAGAGCCAGGCUCAGGCAGCCAACUGCUCCUCCUGCAAGUCGCAGUUUGCUACCUCUAGAUGGAAAAAGGGGCUGCUUGGAUUUCUGCCCCAGGGCAGCCUGAGAAAGCCUGCGCUGAACGCAAAGGCUUAGUCAGAGAGGUAGAAAAGCAGCUCGCAGAGACUGAGCGAGCAUGAGGUGGCAGGUGGAAGCCAAGGGAAAAGGAAAACCCAAGGAAGAACUGGCACUGAGCUUCCACUUCUCAGACUCAUGGAGCAAAUUUGCUCCAGACCCACAAAGGACAAAAGAAAAAGAAAUAGCCAACCCACAGAGGUGUCUCCAGCCCCUGCUUUGCACGUUCCUGGCUCCCCAGAGGGUUUUGGCUUACCUGGCAAUCCUCUGGAGCCACACAAGCAGCAGGACCCACCAUCUGUGAGCCUGCUUUCCCCAAGUGCUUUGUCUCACCACAACUGCCUCCCGCGCUGCAGCAGGGACGGAGCUCCUCCAGCCCUGCCGUGGGCUGCGCACCCGACUCUCAGCGUCACACACGCCUCCUCCAACACAUUUCCAUCACAUCCUUGUUUCUGCCACCCCCUUCCCCGAACUGUGUGAAGAUGGGAGCAUUUCACUCCAGCUCUGUUUAAGUUUCCCGAUCACAGUUCAUUUUUCCAAGGAGAUGCCUCCUUUUGGCACUGGCGGAGCACUCGUACUCCCGUUCCGCUCACCGGCACCUUUCUCUGGCUGCUCUCCUUCUGAAGGGCGCAACCUCCCGUUCUGCUCAGUCCUCUUUUCUUCAGUGCUUCUAUGAGAAUUGAGGCUUAAACACAGACUAAACCUCAGCAAGAUCUGGGACAUGGGUCUGCGUUGGAGCCUCCCACGCCCGUGCAGAACGCACAGGACGGAGGACAAGAUGAGACUUUGCUGUACAGAGCCCCGUCACGGAUUGGUACCGGCUGACCAGCAGCAGCACCCAAGCGAUCGUAGUUCCCCCCUCCACUGCUCUACAGAUGAGGUUUUGCACCACACAACACUGACAACUCCCCUCACCCCAAAAUCCUCCU